AUGAGCCACCCCAAACUAAUCUUCGGCGCCGCUUCCUUCGGCAUGAACUUUCUCAGCACCGAGGAAGUCCAAGAAGUCCUUGAUUUCCUGAAGCAGAAUAAUAUCAUGCAUCUUGAUACAGCCGGCAGAUAUCCUCCUACUUCACCCGGGCGCUCAGAGGAGCUGAUAGGAGAGACCAAGGCCGCGAGCCAGGGUUUUACAAUUGACACCAAAAUUCUGACGCAGACGGCGAAUGAAGGAGGGGAUAUGGAGCGUAGUGCGGUUGAACGGUCGAUUGAAACCAGUCUGCGGCGUAUCGGUGUUGAGCAAGUAAAUACCCUGCACAUCCACUGUCCAGACUUUCAUACCCCACUCGAAGAGCAGGCCAGGACUAUCAAUGAUUUAUAUAAGGCUGGUAAGUUCAAACAGUUUGGUGUGUCCAAUUUCCAGCCAGAUCUGCUCCAGGAAUUUCUCGAUAUCUGCGAUGCAAACGGUUACGUGAAGCCGAGCGUCUACCAAGGUGACUACAGCGCUGUAAAUCGUGGAAUGGAGAGAAAGCUUCUCCCCAUUCUCAGACAACACAACAUUUCUUAUAAUGCGUUUCGUACCCUGGCCUCCGGAUUCCUUUCUGGCAGAUUAACCCACGGAACGACAGAAGGCACUCGCUUUGGCGCAUCUAGUUCUUUGGGGACAUUUAUGCAAGGACUGUAUGAUCAAGAAGGAUUGCAUAGCUCAUUGAGAAGACUGGAGAUCACGACGGAAUCUCUUGGCAUCACUACUGUUGACGCAGCACUGCGAUGGGCAUAUUAUCAUUCGGCACUGCAGAAAAGUGACGGCAUAAUCCUGGGCGCAAGCUCAAUCAACCAGCUCAGGUCAAAUUUAGAGAGCAUCAAGAGAGGCCCGCUGCCUAAGGAAUGUCUCCGUACAUUCAAUGAGAUAUGGAUGGAGUUGGAGCCAAGUAGAGGAGAUAUUAUUUGA